AAUCUCCUGUAGAAAUAAGCAGAGCUUUGUGCCACUUGUGAGCUCGAAGCAGAAGUUUGGGAGAGGGAGAAGAUACUAUUUUGCCCAUUCUGCAGGGUGAGUCCAGGGGAGGGAACCAAGUGUACCUCGGGCUUGACAAGCUGCACGGGGAAGUGCAGCUGUUGCCACAGGGCAGAGUCGGCAGAGGCUGCCAGGCUACCUCUGAGCGUGGUCAUGGGUUCCAGCCAACUUGCUCCAAACAUCAAGCAUUUUGCCUUCUGUUUCCUAUGACGCCAGAGUUUCCAGUGCUAAGAGAGAGUGUCAAAGAAGACCUGAAAGUCUGGAGAAAAAUGACAUUUCAAGGAAUACGGCGUAUACCUCCUGCUACGUGUUUUUGUCCUAUUAACCUCUGAUGACGGAAACAUACGGCCCCGGGCCUACAGAAAGUCAAGGAUUACCACAUUCCUCAUCAUGCAUCAACUGUUCAGGCUGGUCUUAGGACAAAAAAAUCUUUCACGAGCUGGAGACCUCUUCUCCUUAGAUGACUCUGAGAUUGAAGACAGCCUGACAGAAGCUUUGGAGCAAAUUAAAAUAAUUAGCUCAUCUUCAGAUUACCAGACCAACAGCAAUGACCAGGCAGUGGUUGAGAUCUGUGUCACGCGAAUCACGACAGCCAUCAGAGAGACAGAAUCGAUUGAAAGGCACGCCAAAGCCCUGGUGGGGCUCUGGGACUCCUGCUUAGAGCACAACCUGAGACCCUCUGGGAAGGACGAAGACACCCCUCAUGCAAAAAUUGCUUCUGACAUCAUGAGUUGCAUUUUGCAGAAUUACGAUCGGCCCCCUGUGAUGGCAUUAGCCAUCCCCAUCGCAGUGAAAUUCCUCCACAGAGGCAACAAGGAGCUGUGCAGGAACAUGUCCAACUACCUGUCUCUGGUUGCAAUUACCAAGGCAGAUCUCCUGGCCGAUCACACAGAGGUUAUAGUCAAGAGCAUACUCCAAGGUAAUGCCAUGUUGUUGAGGGUGUUACCUGCUGUGUAUGAAAAGCAGCCUCAAGCGAUUAACAGACGCCUGACGGAACUCCUGGCCUUGAUGUCUCGGCUGGAACAACCAGAGCAGUACCAUCUUCUACGGCUUUUGCACGUAGCAGCAAAGACAAAGCAACCGGAGAUGGUUCAGAAGUGUGUUCCUUUUCUAAUCGGGCAUUUGCAGGAUUCGACCCAUACUGAUGUCAUCUUGAGCAUCCUCACAGAGAUAGCAGGCUACGCGCCAGAGGCUCUGAACAGUUCCCUUCCGGUGCUGAAGGAGAUGGCUGAGAGACGCCCCUACCUCAUUGGACAAAUGGCAAGAAUCUAUGGAGCUGUUGGGCAUGUAGAUGAAGAGAGAGCCAGGAGCUGCCUGCCAUUCCUGGUGAGUCAGCUGGCCAACAUGGAGCAUUCAUUUCAUCAUAUUCUCCUGCUGGAGAUUAAGAGCAUCACAGAUGCCUUCUCCUCCAUCCUGGGCCCUCAGAGCAGAGACAUCUUUCGCAUGAGCAACAGCUUCACUGCCAUUGCCAAGCUCCUUACCCAACAACUGGAGACUGCCAAGGCCAGAAGUGGCAGGAAAAAAGCCAGUGCUGAAAUCGAAUUCCCUGAGAAGCUGAGAGAAGCAAAGCUCACUGUAGCUGGAAAUGAAGACCAUGAAAAGCUCCAAGUUAAAAUACAGGCUUUUGAAGACAAAAUCAAUGCUGAGAGCAAUACCCCUGGCUCUAUCAGAAGAUAUAGUUUGGGCCACGUUUCUAAGGAAGAAAGAAAAGACAUUAGAUUUAGCAGGUCAAAGAGUUUGGCUUUGCACACGGUGCUAACGAAGGGCAUGAAUUCAGAUGAUGGGGAAGUCGUGGAGAGUGGAGAUACACCAGCCAGCAUCUCUCUUUCAGACUUAGACCCACUUAGCCAAGGAAAUGACAAGUGGUCCUUUAAGGCAGAUGCUGAUGGAUCACAGCUGGGAAAUUCUUCAGUUUCACACUCAAGUAGUAUACAUAUAGAAUCAGAGAAUUUGCCAGAACUGGUUAAAGAAAACUACCGGGAAGAAACUCCAGAGGCAACCACAAGUCCUGUAGAAUACCAAGAUAAGCUGUACUUGCACUUAAAGGAAAACCUCAGUAAAGUGAAAGCAUAUGCUGUGGAAAUCGGAAAGAAGAUUCCCGUCCCUGAUCAGUGUACCAUUGAAGAUUCUGUUAGAAGCUGUGUAGCAAAAUUGUUCUUCACCUGCUCCCUGAAGGGUCAUUACUGUCUAUACAGCAAAUCCAGUUUCAUCCUCAUCAGCCAAGAGCCUCAGCCCUGGAUCCAGAUCAUGUUCCUGUUCCAGCAGAGCCUGUUUCCUGAGCCCCUGUCCAUAGAGAGUCGAUCUGUGCAACUUCUCAGGGCUUUGUGGGAGAAGACGCAAGCAGAGGGGGCCCACAGCUUUGAAACAGCCAUGAUGGAGUCCACAUUUCCACAGCAGAAGGCUCUGGACCAGGUACAGCUCCAUCUGGAAGAAGUGAGGUUCUUUGACGUGUUCGGCUUCAGCGAAGCGGCAGGAGCAUGGCAAUGCUUCAUGUGCAACAACCCUGAAAAAGCGAGCGUUGUAAAUCAAGACGGCCAGCCUCUCAUAGAAGGAAAACUUAAAGAGAAGCAAGUCAGAUGGAAGUUCAUCAAAAGGUGGAAAACUCGUUAUUUUACGCUGGCUGGAAAUCAACUUCUGUUUCAAAAAGGAAAGUCUAAGGACGACCCUGAUGACUCCCCAAUAGAACUCAGCAAAGUACAGAGUGUGAAAGUGGUGGCCAGGAAACGCAGGGACCGCUCUCUCCCGCGGGCUUUCGAAAUCUUCACAGACAAUAAAACCUAUGUUUUCAAGGCCAAGGAUGAGAAGAAUGCAGAAGAGUGGCUCCAGUGCAUCAAUGUGGCAGUCGCCCAAGCAAAAGAGAGGGAAAGUAGGGAAGUAACCACAUAUCUGUAGGGAUUUGCAAGCCGACCUCACACCGACUAUACAAUGGGCAUUGCACUAUCAUUGCCAAUGUCAAGAAAAAGAGACAAAUUCACUGCCAUGCUGUUUUCUUACUAAAUACCCCGGAACAGUUUUCCCUAAGAAGCAGGACCUAAAUGUGGCAGGAUUCUCCAUACAUUCCAUAUCCUACUGGCAUUUGCAUUAACUCCAGAAGGUCUGUGUGAUGUGCUCAAGAUGAGGAGCUCCAGAUGGUAUGCAGCCAGAAAGCGGAGAUUCAGGGCCCUAGAAACUUCUAUAGAUAUGUCAUUGCACAUUGUAAGAAAACCACUUUAAAAGAUCCUGGAACCACCUGUCCUGAGGGAGAAUAGGCACUUCUGAUGAAGAACAGUCUGUCAAAAAUACUGAAAGGAGAAACACCUACUAGGAAAAGUCUAAUCAGUGGACACUGAGGAGAACCAUACAGCUUACUUAUAGACAUAUACUAAUUACUUUUAUCCUCUCCUAAUAGGAAUGAGACAAACCCGUGAUAAAAUGGCUCUUCAGGUUCAGCCAGUUAUGUAACUAAAUGUCUGUCUUUCAGAACUACUUCUCUGAUUAUUCCUUUUAGGUUCAGAUACCAUAAUAUGAUCUAAAGUUUCGAUACUUGGAUAUAUCUCCUGCCCAAGGCAGUAAGUGUAAGAUGGAAUAAGCAUAGAAAAACAUUUUCUCCAUCUUCAAAAUACGUGCCAUUUCCCUUAAACUUUGAGAUUUUAAAAUUCUAUACUUUUCUUCUUCGUAUUCAAUUUUUAAUACAUCUGAAUUACAAACAUUGAUUGGUUUUUGCCAUUACUCAAUUUUUUUAAAUUAAGCUAUGGUAGGCAGAAUUCUAGGAUGACUCUCGAUGACCCACAGCCUGGUAUAACCUAUAACCUCCUCCCCUUGAGUAUAGUGGCGCCUGUAACUUGCUUCUAACUAAUAGAAUAUGGCAAAAGGGAUGGGAUAACCUCUCUCAUGAUUAUGGUACAUUAUAUGGCAAAGGCAGAGAAAUUUUGCAGAUAUAAUUAAGGCCCUUAAUCAGCUCGACUUUGAGUUAAUCAAAAGCAAACGAUCCUGGGUGGGUCUGACCUCAUCAGACGAGCCUGUUAAGAGAGUGAACAAGUCAGAAACUCUCUCCCACUGGCCUUGAAUGAGCAAGCUGCCAUGAGUGCUACAGCGUCAAGAAAAUGAACUUUGCCGACACCCAGGGAGUUUGGAAGAGGAUCCCGAGCCUCAGAGGAGAGCCCCGCCCCAGCUGAGACCUGGAUUGCAGCUUUGCAAAAGCCUGAGCAGAGGACUGGCUAAGCCAGGCCUGGACUCUUGACGCACGGAGACUCUGAGAUAAUAAAUAUGUGCUGCUUAAGCUGCUAAGUGUGUGGUCAUGUGUUACACAGAAAUAGAUAGCUAAUACAAAAGCUAACUUGGAAUACACAGAAAGAGUAAUUUUUUCUUGAAAUUUAUUAACUAUGUAGUUAUACAUAGUUAAUUUAGUAAUAGUUAAUAGUAAAUAGUAAUAUUAAUAGUAAAUUUAUUAACUACAUAGUUACAGUAUAGAAAACUGGAGAAAGAUUCUAAGUAGUGAGCAUCCUGAAUCCCCCCCCCAGCUCUACCGCUAACUCAGUAGCAGAGGAAACAGGACAGAGGCCAAGUCUGGGGAGGAAACAAUUCACUUUUAACUUGUAAGGUUUGAGGGUAUUGUGCGAUAGAGAAGUUAUUAUAAGUUGAAAAUAGAGUUCUGGAGGUCAAAACUGGGGUUCAUUGGAUUUGCAGAUGGUCAUGAAGAUGUGGAAUUAAAUGAAAUUGCUCAGGGAGAAUAAGACAAAAGAACCACAAAGGGCUUCCUUGGGACAUCCAGCAUUUAAGCAAAGGCAGGCUGGAGAAGCUGAUUAGUGUUCAGACACCUUACAGACCCAGGGAAACAAUGUCACAAAAGCCAAAUAAAUAACAUUUUCAGGAAAAAGGAGGAGAGCAACAAUGUGAAAUCCUGAAAAGUAAUCACGUAAGUUACAGAAUGACUUUUGCAAUUAAGAAGCAAUUGGUGGGGCCAGCCUGGUGGCACAGUGGUUAAGUUCGCGUGUUCCACUUCAGUGGCCCAGAGUUUGUGGGAUCGGAUCCCAGGUGCAGACAUACCCACUGUUCAUCAAGCCAUG